ACGAAUCAAAGGGAAAAUAUCAAAUCUGAGCAAUGAUCAUACACUGCCCUGGUGGGGCAUGAAGCGGCGUGGACCGAAACAGCGUCGCGGCCACAGCGUCACGUCAGAGCCUGCCCAGUGGGAUCAAGGCUGAACUUUCUUCAGGGGAGUCUCGUGCGUCACUCUCCACUAACCUGGUCUGGACAAACCACAGGACUGUUAAACUGCUCCUGAAACACGAACAAUGGGUUGGCAGAGGCAGGGUUGGCUCCUCUGUGCGAGUUUUCUCGGAUUUGUGGUGUCGGUGCAGAGCAUAACGCGGGGAGAGCUUUUUCCUUUCGGUCCAAGCGCAAGAGACCAGAUACUGGAAUCAGGGAACGACCAGACGCACCGACUUGACCUGGACAACCCAGUUUUGUUUUACGAUGGUACUUUCGACAGCAUCUUUAUCAACACCAAUGGUUUUGUUGCCACAACAGAGCCAACAAGCGAGUCGACAUAUCUUGGCAACAUGCCCCCAAAGUUUGGAAUGAUUGCAGUUCUGCAAGGCGACCUGGACACAAGUGAUGGUGUCGGGAAAGUUUUCUUCCGUCAAGACUCCAGUCCUGAGGCUUUGCGUCAGGCUGCAGAGCACAUCAACAGGGCUUUCCCCGAGGAUGACGAAGUCAACCCUACCCAUGCUGUGGUGAUCACCUGGGUAGAUGUAGUUACCCAUGAACCUCAAAGUAGAGGUGAUGGCAUUGAGAAGAAGAGAAACACAUUUCAGCUGGUAAUUGCAUCACUGAAGACUGCCUCCUAUGCUAUUGUCCUGUAUGCAAGGGAUGGGAUACAGUUUACCACCACGCCUGUAGGAGACAUCAGUGUGGUCAUGCAUGCUGGCUUCAGUAAGGGUUUAGUCAAGGGUUUCCUGUAUUCCAGUCAGGGUCCAUACUACCGCACCACUACUGAGGACGAGGAAUCCAUCAGAGCUUUAGCAAAGGAGACGAACUCUGGCCUGCGGGGUGUAUGGGUGUACGAAAUUGGGACUUCUCCCUAUUUUACGAAUGUGGCUCCAGGUGAAGUCACUGAUCUGCCCCCCGAAGCCACAGCUUCCGUGGCCUAUGACGAGGUUGAUGAUACAAGGAGAACAGUGUAUACUGAUGGACAGCAAGUGGAGUACCCUCCUUUUGAAUCAGGAGAGGAGCAGUCAAUCGAUGUCCAUCCAGUUCAGUACCAGCCAUAUCAGCCUGGGAACCCAGAAGUGGUGGUGGUGGAUGACACAGACAUAAAUGUAGAUGUGUUUUCAUACAACCUUGGGACAUGUUCGAACAAUAGAAAUAAGUGUUCCCAGUUUGCUGACUGCAAGGACUACUCCAGUGGAUACUGCUGCCACUGCAGACCAGGCUUCUAUGGAAAUGGGAUACAGUGUGUGGCAGAGGGAAAGCCACAGAGGAUGAAUGGUAAAGUGUAUGGAAAAGUAUACGUGGGAAACAAUCCUUCUCCAGUGGAGUUCACCAGCAAUGAUCUACACUCAUACGUUGUGGUGAAUGAUGGCCGUUCCUAUGUGGCCAUCAGUGACAUCCCUUACACCCUUGGGCCCUCACUGCAGCCCCUGUCGGCCCUUGGUGGUGUGAUUGGGUGGGCGUUUGCUCUGGAGCAGCCUGGAUUCAAGAAUGGCUUCAGCACUAUUGGGGGGGAAUUCACACGGCAGGCUGAGGUGACCUUUCUGCCGGGGUCUGAGAAGCUUACCAUCUCACAGGAGUUCAAAGGGAUCGAUGAGCAUGACCACCUGGUGGUGAGCACUACCCUGGAAGGCCGUGUCCCUGAGGUGUCUCCCGGCUCAACCGUACAAAUCGACCGUUACUCUGAGAUCUAUCAGUACAGCAACAACCUGAUCACCUCAUCCUCCACCCGGGACUAUGUAGUGAGUUUUCCCGAUGGCUCCACUGAGACCAGGACGUAUCAGUGGCGUCAGACCAUCACCUUCCAGAGCUGUCAGCAUGGCGAUUCUUUGAGAGACAUAAAACCGACUCAGAUGCUUAGCGUGGACCAGGUGUUUGUCAUGUAUGAUGCUAAUAAUGAACUCAUCCGGUUUGCCAUGAGCAACAAGAUCGGGGAUGUCAAUGGGGGGCAGCCACAGGAGAACCCAUGUUUCACAGGGAGACACGGCUGUGAUACCAACGCUGUGUGCCGACCUGGACAGGGAACUCAGUUUACCUGCCAGUGUGCUGCUGGCUUCAACGGAGAUGGCCGCACAUGUUAUGACAUUGAUGAGUGCAGAGAGAAUCCUCAGAUCUGCGGCUCCCACGCCAUUUGCAACAACCAGCCUGGGACUUUCCGCUGUGAAUGUGAUGACGGUUAUCAGUUCAGUAGUGAUGGGCAGACAUGCGUUGAGGUUAAUCGACCUGUGGAUGCCUGUGAAGAAGGCACCCAUACCUGUGACAUUCCUGAGCGUGCUCAGUGCAGCUACACUGGAGGCUCAUCCUACAUCUGCUCCUGCCUGCCAGGCUUCACGGGAGAUGGUAGAACCUGCCGAGACAUAGAUGAGUGCCAAACAGGCAGGUGCCAUCAGGACGCUGUGUGCUAUAACACGGAAGGAUCAUUUACCUGCCAGUGCAAGGCAGGUUACUACGGUGACGGCUUCUCCUGCUCUCCAGUGAGGACAAAAACACGAUGUGAGGCCCACAGAGACAGCCUUCUGAGUGUGACAGGAUAUGGUCCACGGGGACCCAGACCUCCCGUUGGACAGUACAUCCCUACAUGUGAUGAGAAUGGUGCCUAUGAACCCAUGCAGUGCCACGGCAGUACAGGAUACUGCUGGUGUGUGGACCGAAACGGACAGGAGAUCUCAGGAACUCGCUCUGGCCCUGACAGCAGACCAAUGUGUUUCGACAAUGGUGGUGUGCAACCACCUAUUGGACCCACUCCUCGACCUGAUGUCCAUCCGCUACCUCCAGGAUCACACCUGUUAUAUGCUCAGAGCGGCAGGAUAGAGCAUGUCCCACUUAAAGGUCAUGAUUUGAAAAAGGACGAUGCCAAACCUCUCCUCCAUCUGCCUGAGAAGGUAAUCAUCGGAGUGGCCUAUGACUGUGUGGAGAAAAUGGUCUACUGGACUGAAAUCACGUCUCCCUCAAUCAGCAAAGCAAGCAUUGAGGGGGGAGAGCCCACAGAGAUCAUUCAAUCAGAUCUGGGAAGUCCAGAGGGUAUCACCAUCGACCACUUGGGACGAACUAUGUUCUGGACGGACUCUAUGAAGGAUCGCAUCGAAGUGGCCUCUUUGGAUGGGUCUCAGCGACGUGUCAUUAUAAACUCUGAUCUUGUCAAUCCCCGUGCUGUUAUUGCAGACCCUCCCAACGGUAAUCUAUACUGGGCUGAUUGGAACCGUGAUGCCCCAAAGAUUGAGACCUCUUGGAUGGAUGGAACCAACAGAAGGGUGCUGGUUAAAGAUGAUCUCGGCCUGCCAAACGGCUUGACUUAUGACUCUCAGAGUUCUAUGCUUUGUUGGGCAGAUGCAGGCACACAUAAAUUGGAGUGCAUGCAUCCUGCCCGGGGUGACCGCAGACAGGUUAUGGAGGGGAUUCAGUACCCGUUUGGAAUGACAUCUUUUGGAAAGAACAUCUACUACACUGACUGGCAGAGGGAUGCAGUGGUCGCUGUGGAUCGCUAUACUAGCAAGGAAUCAGAUCACUUCCAGCCUCAGAAACGGACCAAGCUAUAUGGGAUUGCCACAGCCUAUGCCCAGUGUCCUUCAGGACAAAACUACUGUGCGGUGAACAACGGGGGCUGUGAUUACCUCUGUUUAGCAACCCCUACCGGCCGCUCCUGCAAAUGUCCCGACAACGCAGUGGGUGGGAGCUGUGUGGAGAGAGACAGCGAGUACUGAAAGAAGGCGGCUGUGCUCUGAGUUGACACUGUUUGGAUGUUUGGCCGCAAAUUAGGAGCAGCUCAGCAUUACUAAACUAUAGCUGCUGGUAUAAAUGCCACUGAAAACCCGAGGUGAACUUACUGUGCCUUUUAUUGCUCAGUGUUACGCUUACAUUUCCCAUUUGCCUUUAUAAAAUCACAACUGCCUUUGAGAAUUGUAAAUAUAAACACUAUUAUUUUGUCUUUUCCUGAAUGCACAUAAACUGAGAAUGAAGCUCAAGGACAUAAUUUAAUGUGAAAUUAACAGCAAUGCAUGACUCCGUCUCAUGUCAGUCGUGUUACACUGUGACAUGUUCGGAUUAGCUUAUCUCAUGGAAGUAUUAAUGUGGAGUAUGACUAGUGUUUGUACAAGUUUGGUGCGAUGAAUUUACAUACUGGGCAGCAAAAGAAUAAACAUUUUUCUAACA